AUGAUAGAAGGUAAGUUAGAAGAACAUUAUGCAAAGGUAUGGGACUAUGCUGCAGAAAUCCUCAGGUCUAACCCAGGAGCACUUGUAAGGGGUUGCAGACGUGUGAUAGGUUUGGAUGGUUGUUUCCUAAAGGGUCAGAUCAAGGGAGAACUUUUGACUGCUAUUGGAAGAGAUGCAGACAAUCAUGUAUAUCCAAUAGCAUGGGCAGUGAUCGAUGUAGAGAACAAAGAUAAUUGGACUUGGUUUAUUGAGUUGUUAGUUGCUGAUCUUGACCUUGACUGUGGUAGGGGUCUUGUGGUUAUUUCCGAUCAGCACAAGACCAAAGGGAGAUGGGGAGGGAAUUUAGUUGUGAACAUUGCAAAGACACCAAGGAAAGUAGAUAAGGGAAAGAAGAAAGUUGUUGAGGACACAUCAAAAGAAGUAAAUGAAGGACAUAAUAAAGUUGUUGAUCACACAUCAAAAGAAGCAAGUGAGGGAAAGAUGAAAGUUGUUGAGGGCACAUCAAAAGAAGCAGGUAAGAUGAUAGAUGUUGAUCAGUCAAUUUCUCCUUUGAAGAGAAUGAAGAUGAUGGAAAGGAGGGGAGGUAAGAUCAAAUAUGUAGGGAGAAUAGGGGUUGUGCAUGGUAGUAUAAGUCAAAAUGUGGCAGGUGUUGACCAUGAAGAUUUUGAAACUAUUAAAGAUCUGCAGGCAUCUGGAUAUGAUCAUGGGGAAAUUGUUGAAGCUUUUAAUAAGGUGUUUGACAAAAAAGAGAGGAAGGAGAUGUUGGCUGAGAGUAUAGUUGAUGAAGAGACCAGUCAAGAAACACAAGAUCCGUUGGUAAAAAAAAGGAAGCCCUCAGAAAGAAUUAUCAAGAUUAAGUUGAAAAAAGCAGUGCAUGAUCCAGAUGGAGGUGGUUCAACAAUUAAGAAAGCACUUACAUUGGACUGA